AUGCUGCUGUCGUGUGAAAUGUGGCUUUCCUUGCUGACUGUUCACCUCUGUGCCACUCUGAUUAAGUGUCCAACUCUCUAUCCAAAUUCCAGGUUAAUGACUUCCUCUCUAUUCCACCCCAAGUGUCUCUUCUGCUCAUCUCUCGCUGUCUCUCUCCCAGGACCUGAAAAGGGGAGAUGUGUAGCAUCAGAAUACUUCACCACUGAAGCUGAGAUAGAUAUCGUGACCGAAAACACUGCAAAUAUACUAAGUAAGUGAUGAUAUCUGACAACAGCGAGAAACAUGCAGUAAAAUAACCCCUGCAUGUCAUUGUGUCAUUGCUUUAUGCACCUAAUGGCUCUACCCAGGAAACAUGAGGCAAAAUAGUUCCCAAACCUCUUUUAUUUAAAACCUGUGUUGAACACUGCUGAAGUUCCCUUUUCUUUAUUUAACAACUAUUUGAAUUAUUCAAGAUAUGAAAACUUGGAAAACCUUAUAAACCGUAGAACAGUGUGGCCCAAAAGUGGACUGUAUAGACCACAAUGGGAUCUGACACACUAGGACAAAGGACAUUACCUUUACUACAUUAUAUUGUUUUGUACAGCAGGCUGCAGGCAUAACAACCUGUAGGGAAUGAUAAACUGAUGCAGGAAAUGUGCUCUUGGGAAUGAAUGUUACUUAAUCAUUAUUUUAUAUGAUUUCCUUUCUUCAUGAUUGACAAGUAAAACAAUUGAGUUAGAAUGGUGUAUAACGUAACAUAAAGCAUUUAUUGAUGUGCAAAAUUGCUCCCAACCCCAAUUCAACCUCUGUAACUACUUCAUAAAUACUUUAUAGUCAUGUAAGAAAGGAAGUGAAGCAGAUAAUUCAAGACUUUCAUUUAUUUAAAUUUUUUAUUUAACCUUUCUUUAUGUUACAAGGCAGGUUAAUUAAAAGCAAAUUAUUAUUUACAAUGACGGUCUGGCAAGAGGCUAAAGGCCUCCUGUGGGGCACGGGGAGGGGAUUAAAAGUGUAGGACAAGACAGACAACAUACACUGAAGACACUUGGCAACAGCACAGCUACAUCAGCAGACAGACAGUGGAAACAAAGCACACCAUACUACAUGAUGAGAGACCUAUGAAAACAACACAACAUGGCACAAACAUUGUUAAGCCAGACAACAGCACGAGGCUAAAAAUAGGCAGAGACAAAGCACAUCACAACAAUCGGGACAUCACAACACGACAUGAUAGGAGAUCUAUGGCAACAGCGCAAAACAUUGUAGGAACAGGUAACAGCACGAGGGACAAAGUAGGCAGAAAGUUAUAACAGACAAAUGGGUAGCAAAGUAUACCAGGAUAACCCAGUUAGAAGAAAAAGACAAAGUGGCAGACUACAAUACAAGUAACAUAGCCCUACUGAAUAGACAAAUAGACAAGGUAACAAACAAUUGCAGCGCAAACAGACAUAAAAAAGACACGUAGCCUUAGUUAUUGUUUUGCAUAACAGCUACAAUAUCACAGUUACAAAUCAUUCAUACACUUACUGUAUAUAACAGUUUAGACCAUUCAUCUUUUGUUCCUCCGUGUGUUACAUACAGUGCAUGCAUUUAUUUAUUAACGUAAUUGUUUAUAAAUAGAGGACACGUGUAACGAAAGCUUUUUCCACUGAACGCUUCUUAAUUUUUAUUAUCCCAGUGGGACACUGAAACUUUUGAUUAAAACGAUGUAAGAAAUGUUGAAUAUUUUUACUAUGUUUCAUAUUUUGUAUAUUUCAUACAUUUUUUAGUGUUGAACUUAACUCUCCCUCCUUAUCUCAAUAUGUUUUUCCAUCUUCUGUCUUUCUCUUGACCUGUUUCCUUCACCAGAGAUGGUACGGACGGCCACACCGUUCCCCAUGGUUUCGCUGCUUUUCGUCUUCACCGCCUUCGUCAUCAGUAACAUCGGACACAUCCGGCCCCAGCGCACCAUCCUGGCCUUCAUCUCUGGAAUCUUCUUCAUCCUCUCAGGUAAGGAGCCACAUAAAAGUUUCCCAUUGGCUGUUGUUUUAAUGAUGUUCAGUAUUAAAGAUACUUAUUGGUUGAUGAAAGCUGCCAAUGGUAUGUAAAGUAGGUUCUGUGCGAUCUGGGUCUGGAAACCUCCUGAUUGGUUUUUGAUUUAGUGGCUUGGCUAACAGUUUAUCCUGAUUAUCAGUUGUCUAUAAGACGACAUUCUAUUUGGGAGUAUUGCAUAUCUUGCUCACAGAUGCUAGCCUAGCAUGAGAUGCUGCUGACAGAGCAGUUAUGUGCCCAUAUUGUCCUUAUUACAUGUCACCUGACCCGCAGCAGUGAACGAUUGCACUAUUUCAGGUGAAAAUUGAAUAUGUAAUGCUUUUCUAGUAGUUAACUCGAUGAAAGGUAUUUUCUGUUUAUUAUUUUCUACUGAGCCAUUUACUUUAUGUUCGUAUUCUUAUAUUUUCUUAUUUCUUAUUGUUGUUGCAUUGUCGAGAAGAAACCUGCAAGUAAGCCUUUCGUUGUACGGUGUAUACCUUUUGUGUAUCCUGUACAUACGAAUAAUACAACUUGAAACUUGCUGGGCUGUGAGUUGAGAAAAAAAAGAAAGAAAGAAAUCUUUAAAUAUUGUAAAACCACGACAGCAUCAGAUAAUAGGUGUCAAAAACGACUUGAGAAAUCGACCGGACUUGAGAAAAUAAUUAGUUUGUUGUUAUUAUUUACUCUGUUAUUCUGAAGCCAUUUUAACAAACUGACAGCUCUAUAGUUGCUCUGCAUGACAUUAUUCUCAAUGUCUUUGUCCUAUAAAAAAUGUGGUUGCCAUGGAAUUUAAUUUCGUUAUCAUUUCACAACACAAAAGACAUAACAAUUCCUCGCAAACAAAAUGUUUUCACACCCUGAUUCAGGAUCAGCUCUCCAUACACCUUCUCCUAACCCAAACCAUUCUGAUAAAACAGAAUGGACGACGCUUCAAACUGGCUCCGGUGCAGCCUGCCUUUCUUCAGAGAGGGACAGUGUUUUCUAGCACGCCCACGCAGAACGGCUGACUGCUGCUGAGAGGGAGGCAGGCGAGGCGAGGAGCUAACAGCAGCUAGCCACACAGCUCCCCCUGCUGACCCAGUAAGGGGAUGUCAGGUCACUGGUUCCCAGGAGCUUCGGUCGCUGCUGCUGCUGCAGUUAUUGCUGCCUGCUCGAGCCUGCUGCCUGAAUCUCCUGCUGCUGUUGUUGUUGUGGUGCUGGUCAGGGCUGAUUAUGCAGUGGGGCUGCUGUGCUGGUUAAUGGUGGAGGAGGAUUUUAGGGUCAGAGACAGCAGCAGCCGAGGCUGGCUGGGGAAAAGCACUGACACAUCCUUUAAUUAGGUUUUCUUUCUCUUCCACCACUGCUCUUGUAUGUUGUCCUUCUUUAUCGCAGAUUCACAGGCAGUGGUUGGAAUUUGGUUUCCAUUUAGAAAGUAUAAUGAGGCUCAUUUAUUCCAAAUAAUGAAUAGUGAAAAUGUGGUUCAAGAGGAAGUUUUGAGGACCUUAUUCAGUUAUUUUAUUGUUGUUUUUUAAUGUGUCAGGGGAAAUGUGCUCAAAUGUUUGGCCAUACGAGCUCUUUUCCGUGUGAAGGCAGAAACAUAUAGCAACAAUGGUGGCUUUUGGAAGGCGAACUGAGAAAACGAUUGAGAUACUAUGAUUAUUUGCAGUGGUGACACUAAUUUAGCUAGUCUAGUGUAAUACAGCUGUGGUAGUAGUAGUAGUAGCAAUGGUUGGGCAUUUGCAGUGUAUCAUAAUCACGUUUUUACUGUGUAUAAUUUAUGAUUCUUGUUUUCAUAAAAUAAUGUUCUAAUAAAAGAACUACAACAAUGGGUUGUCCCCAAGGCUGCUGUCUGUCUCCUAUGCCCUUUGAGUAGACUACUGAGUUUGGCACUAGAAAUAUGAUGGUGUUUUUGAUCCCAUUCCAGCGGUGUGACUAUAGGCCACAUACUGUCCCACUUUUCGGCUGUCUCACCCUUUAUGUCAAGGGGGAUCUAUUUGGAUGCCAAGGCAACAAGCAGUCAGAGAUGUACUCAUAUAUAUAUAUAUUUUUUUACUAUGUCUCUCCACCUCUCUCCCUCUAUCUUGCUCACUGUGUAUCCUCCUGUCUCCAAAUCUCUCUCUCGCUCUCCCUACCACCCACCCUCUCCUUCAUGUUCACACUCUGACCCAUUCCCCCACCCACUCUCGCCCCUGGCGUUUGUCCCUUCCCUUCCUCUCUCUUUCCUCUACCCUUCUCUCCCUCUCUCAUUCUAAUUUAUGAUACCCUUCCUCUCUCGCUCACUGUUUCAUAUAAUCUUCUCAACACUGUGCACUCCCUCUCUCCCCCUCUCCAUUCUCUCUCUCCUUUUCCUCUCUCACCCUCCACUGGCUCACCUCUUCUCCCCUCCUCCUUUCUCUCCCCUCCUCUCUCCCUCUCUCCAUUCCAUCUCUCUCUCUUUCAUCUACUCCUUCCCAUGUCUUUCUCUGCCUCUCCAUUGCCUCUCUCUCCCCCUUUCCCUCCCUCUCUUUUUCACUCCAUCCCCUCCUCUCCCCCUUCUCAGGGCUCAGCCUGGUGGUGGGCCUGGUCCUCUACAUCAGCAGCAUCAACGACGAGGUGAUGAACCGGCCGCGUGAGCCAGAGCACUUCUUCCACUACCACUACGGCUGGUCCUUCGCCUUCGCUGCCAGCUCCUUCCUCCUCAAAGAGGUCAGCACACCCGUCCGCCUGCUAGUGUAGUGCCCGACCGCUAACUGCUAACCUCUGCUAACUGAUAACCAACAUCUAGCCUAGUGCUUCACUGUUAGGACCCCCCCCCCCCCCCCCCCCCCCCCCCCCCAGCUCACAUCAAUAUUCAUAAAUGUUAAUAGCGCACUCUUUAGGGCGACAGCUCUGUCACAGCGGCAGCUUAAAAUGCUGCUGUUGUCACAUGAAUAUAUAGUUCGCUAGAGGGCUUUUCUUUUUCUCCAGACCCUCUGCAGCGGCAGGACGAAGAGGAGGGGGAAUAGCGCUUAGCACAAGCGUUGACAUGCUCAAGUUUCAAGGAUGUUGUACUAAGAUGUCGGUGAUGAAUAGUGGAUGAGGUGUAAAUGUUUGUGCGGAUGUUUGGCGCAACAUGAAUGCAGUUUUGAUAAUGAGUUAUUACACGGAGGAGCGGUUUGGUUGAGUCUGAGCACUGUAAACAACAGCUGGUGCAUAAAAUCUAAUACUAAGGAAGUCUCGAGGUUUUGCUCGCCGGAGGUAGAGUAUCUCAUGAUAAACUGUAGACCACAAUAUUUACCAAGAGAGUUUUCAUCUAUAUUUUUCGUAGCUGUCUAUCUACCUCCACAAACCGAUGCUGGCACUAAGAUUGCACUCAAUGAGCUGUAUAAGGCCAUAAAUAAACAGGAAAACGCUCAUCCAGAGGCAGCGCUCCUAGUGGCCGGGGACUUUCAUUCAUGGAAACUUAAAUCCGUUUUACCUCAUUUCUACCAGCAUGUUAAAUGUGCAACCAGAGGGAAAAAAACUGUAGACCACCUUUACUCCACACACAGAGACGUAUACAAAGCUCUCCCUCGCCCUCCAUUUGGCAAAUCUGACCAUAACUCUAUCCUCCUGAUUCCUGCUUAUAAGCAAAAACUAAAGCAGGAAGCACCAGUGACUCGGUUAAUAAGAAAGUGGUCAGAUGACGCAGAUGCUAAGCUACAGGACUGUUUUGCUAGCACAGACUGGAAUAUGUUCCGGGAUUCUUCUGAUAGCAUUGAGGAGUACACCACAUCAGUCACUGGCUUCAUCAAUAAGUGCAUCGAUGACGUCGUCCCCACAGUGACCGUACGUACAUACCCCAACCAGAAGCCAUGGAUUACAGGCAAUAUCCGCACUGAGCUAAAGGGUAGAGCUGCCGCUUUCAAGGAGCGGGACUCUAACACGGACGCUUAUAAGAAAUUCUGCUAUGCCCUCCGACGAACCAUCAAACAGGCAAAGAGUCAAUACAGGACUAAGAUUGAAUCGUACUACACCGGCUCUGAUGCUCGUCGGAUGUGGCAGGGCUUGAAAACUAUUACAGACUAUAAAGGGAAGCACAGCCCUGAGCUGCCCAGUGACACAAGCCUACCAGACGAGCUAAAUCACUUCUAUGCUCGCUUCGAGGCAAGCAACACUGAAGCAUGCAUGAGAGCAUCAGCUGUUCCGGAUGAUUAUGUGAUAAUGCUCUCCGUAGCCGAUGUGAGUAAGACUUUUAAGCAGGUCAACAUUCACAAGGCCGCAGGGCUUGAUGGAUUACCAGGAUGUGUACUCUGAGCAUGCGCUGACCAACUGGCAAGUGUCUUCACUGACAUUUUCAACAUGUCCCUGACUGAGUCUGUAAUACCAACAUGUUUCAAGCAGACAACCAUAGUCCAUGUGCCCAAGGACACUAAGGUAACCUGCCUAAAUGACUACCGACCCGUAGCACUCACGUCUGUAGCCAUGAAGUGCUUUGAAAGGCUGGUCAUGGCUCACAUCAACACCAUUAUCCCAAAAACCCUAGACCCACUCCAAUUUGUAUACCGCCCCAACAGAUCCACAGAUGAUGCAAUCUCUAUUGCACUCCACACUGCCCUUUCCCACCUGAACAAGAGGAACACCUACGUGAGAAUGCUAUUCAUUGACUACAGCUCAGCAUUCAACACCAUAGUGCCCUCAAAGCUCAUCACUAAGCUAAGGACCCUGGGACUAAACACCUCCCUCUGCAACUGGAUCCUGGACUUCCUGACGGGCUGCCCCCAGGUGGUAAGGGUAGGUAACAACACAUCUGCCACACUGAUCCUCAACACGGGGGCCCCUCAGGGGUGCGUGCUCAGUCCCCUCCUGUACUCCCUGUUUACCCAUGACUGCAUGGCCAGGCACGACUCCAACACCAUCAUUAAGUUUACCAACGACACAACAGUGGUAGGCCUGAUCACCGACAACGAUGAGACAGCCAAUAGGGAGGAGGUCAGCGACCUGGCCGUGUGGUGCCAGGAUAACAACCUCUCCCUCAACAUGAUCAAGACAAAGGAGAUGAUUGUGGACUACAGGAAAAAAAGAGGACUGAGCACGCCCCCAUUCUCAUCGACGGGGCUGUAGUGGAACAGGUUGAGAGCUUCAAGUUCCUUGAUGUCCACAUCACCAACAAACUAUCAUGGUCCAAACACACCAAGACAGUCGUGAAGAGGGCACGACAAAGCCUAUUCCCCCUCAGCAGACUGAAAAGAUUUGGCAUGGGUCCUCAGAUCCUCAAAAAGUUCUACAGCUGCACCAUCGAGAGCAUCCUGACUGGUUGCAUCACCGCCUGGUAUGGCAACUGCUCGGCCUCCGACCGCAAGGCACUACAGAGGGUAGUGCGUACGGCCCAGUACAUAACUGGGGCCAAGCUUCCUGCCAUCCAGGACCUCUAUACCAGGCGGUGUCAGAGGAAGGCCCAAAAAUUGUCAAGGACUCCAGCCACCCUAGUCAUAGACUGUUCUCUCUGCUACCGCACGGCAAGCGGUACCAGAGCGCCAAGUCUAGGUCCAAAAGGCCUCUCAACAGCUUCUACCCCCAAGCCAUAAGACUCCUGAACAGCUAAUCAUGGCUAUUGGACUAUUUGCACUGCCCCCCCCACCCCACCCCAUCCCCCUCUUUUACGCUGCUGCUACUCUGUUUAUUAUUUAUGCAUAGUCACUUUAACUCUACCCACAUGUACAUAUUACCUCAAUCACCUCGACUAGCCGGUGCCCCCGCACAUUGACUCUGUACUGGUACCCCCCUGUAUAUAGCCUCCCCAACUGUUAUUUUAUUUUACUGCUGCUCUUUAGUUAUUUGCUUAAAUUUUUUUUACUUAACGCUUUUUUUUAUUUAACUUUUUCUUUAAAAAACUGCAUUGUUGGUUAAGGGCUUGUAAGUAAGCAUUUCACUGUAAUGUCUACACCUGUUGUAUUCGGCGCAUGUGGCAAAUAACAUUUGAUUGGAUUUGAUUUGUUAUGUCUUCAGUGCAUUGCAGGGUAUCUUGCUAAGACGCUAAGAGGUUUGUGCAUCAUAUAAACGUAUUCCACAGUUGAAAAUAACGUAUGCAUGUAAUAUUAUUAAAAUGUUAAAUAUUUUAUAUUGAUUCAAUUAUUUUUUAUAGAUCUUUCAGGAUGCUAUAUUACAUCCUGUUGUAUUGAGGGGUAUUGUGCUUUAUUAAAGGCCAGUGCAGUCAAAAAUGAGAUUUUCCUGUGUAUUAUAUAUAUUUCCACACUAUGAGGUUGGAAUAAUACUGUGAAAUUGUGAAAAUUAUUACAAUGCCCUUUUAGUGUAAGAGCUGUUUGAAAAGACCGCCUGAAAUUUCAGCCUGUUUGGGUGGGAUGGAGUUUUGGCCUGCCUGGUGACAUCACCAGGCGAUAAAUUAGUUAAUAUACCAAUAAGAAAGAGCAUUGUUUUCAGCUUUCCCCUCCCCACUCAGACCACUCCCAGACAGUCUUAGCAAAAUUCUUGCUUGAGAAAUGGCUCUUUGCUAAGAAGCAAUUUUUCUUUCUUUUUGACAAUUUUAAUUUAAAACAAUCACGGUAAGGUACUUAAUUGUUACCCAGAAAUGAUUUGAUAUUGAGAUAAAAACGGAUGCAUUGGACUUUUAAAUGUUCCAGUAUUUAUUGUAUUUCAUGGCCCAGUACUGUAUGUCAUUUAUUUAUAAUAUUAUUUAUUUUUAGUUAGGCUUCUUUUUGCUGUGGCUCAUAGUGUGCCUGAUGUAUGUAUGAUGGCCCAAUGUGUCACUUAUGACUUCAUUAUGAUGGUGUUUCAGUGUUUCAUGUCAUGUAUUAAUAUGAGUCAUGGUAUCUCAUAGUGUGCUUGCUCUGCUCUCUCCCAGGGGGCCGGGGUGAUGUCAGUGUACCUCUUCAUGAAGCGCUACGCCGAGGAGGAGAUGUACCGGCCCCACCCAUCCCUCUACCGCCCCCGCCUGUCUGAGUGCAGCGACUACAGCGGCCAGUACCUUCACCCCGAGUCGUGGCCUCCUCCGAAGCGGGGCCGCAGCGCGUCUGAAGUAUCCAGCGACAUCUCCAUCCAGCUGAACCAGACGCCCCCGCCCCCGCCGCCCAAGGGCAGCUCCCUGCAGCAGCAGGCCCCGUCCUCUGGCCCUUCCUCGGGCGCCAGCUACCAGCAGUCCUCCUCCUCCUCCUCCUACCCCCACCACACCAUGUCCUCCCACCCCCUCCACUCCAGCCACCACACCAUGUCCUCCCACCCCAGUGGGCCCCCUCCCCAGUGCAUGCCCAUGGCCAUGCCACCCUCUGCCCAGCCCCCUCCCCGCUACCACCAACACAUGCGCAUGAGCGCCUCACCAUGCUAG